CGAGAUACUGCUCCAUCCAUCAAUCAAUCUAUACAAAAUGGCGUCUUCUUUCGGCCUCGCUUCUGACCGACGCAAGUCGCGUAAGGCUCACUUCUCUGCUCCCGGUGGUGAGAAGAGGAAGAUCAUGUCUUCUUCUUUGAGCAAGGAGCUCCGACAGAAGCACUCCGCUCGAUCCAUCCCCGUCAGGAAGGAUGACGAGGUUCUGAUUGUCCGUGGCAAGUACAAGGGCCGAGAGGGCAAGGUCACUCAGGUCUACCGAAAGAAGUGGGUUAUCCACGUCGACCGAGUCCACAUCGAGAAGUCCAACGCCGCCACCGUCCCCGUCGGUAUCCACCCCUCCAACGUUGUCAUCACCUCCCUCAAGCUCGACAAGGACAGGCGAGCUAUCCUCGAGCGAAAGGGUUCCAAGAACGCCUCCGCUGAGGAGAAGAAGGACGUCGAGAUGACCGAGUAGAUCUAUCCGGCUUUUAGUGAUUGAGGCAGGAUGUACUAUUCUCUUACGGAUCUUGGCGCAAUGGACGGGACAAACUGGACUUGCAGCUCAUCUGGGACGGACAGCGAAUCACUUCGAGUGUCAUGACUGACCCAAAAAUCAUGCGUGUCGUACCUGUGCUCCAGACUUUGGGUGGGAUAUGGUUCGUUGCUGUCUGCGUGAUGGCAAUUGCACAGUCCGUGUCAUCGCCUUUACUUGUAUCCUCAACCCCUCAAUUGCUUGCACGCAUCACGACUUGAUCGUUACAUGCGUUCGAGCAUGUCGGCCAUGAGUUCAGAACCCAUCUGCAUCACAAUCUCAAGGUAAGCUUUCGGACACAGCAAGCGGGCCCAAAUGGAAGUUUCGGAGAAGGCCUGAUGAGUUAUAUCUCGACGUGAAAGCUGAUGUGCAGGCGGCAUCUGCCCUCCCCUGGCCCGACAUGCAUAGAAUACAUACCCCCGUGCAUGUCCCCCAUGUCUCCCGUGUCCUGCUGCAUGCAUAACGCCCCG